AUGGAUGGUAAGUUUCCCCAGCCGGAGCCCCGGCCUGAGCCCAGCGUCCAGGAUGACCAGCCUCCCCUGCAGCGCCCCCUCUGCAGCUCCAGUGUUGUGAACACCAUGCUGCCCUGCUCGGGGUGGGACAGCAGGGUCCCUUCAGCACCUUCCCCAGGCUGCCCCAGAGACAGCCAAGAGUCUGGGACCUCUGUCUCCAACCCGUACCCAGCUGUGGGGGGUCAGCUCAGCCCUGAGACCAGCUAUGUUGCCACCUAUGACCGCAGCAGCUUCCUACCAAAGAGCAGCCACAUCAGUGAGGACUCCUCAAGCCUCAGCAAUGUCUCCAAUACUUCCAUCCUGCCCUCGUCCGCGGACAACCUCUUAGACAUGAUGGACACAGCCCACUCCCUGCCCACUGAUGGCCUCGGCCAGGUGCCCACCAUGUGGGAGGUGAGCACCACCUCACCCGCCCAAGACAAGUUUUCCUUGCCUAGUGGGCCAUUCCGGGGCCUCCCAAACGCCUUGCCCACCCUCCCUUCCCCUCCUGGCCACCUUAGCUCCCAGGCACAGAGCCAGCUGGAGGAGGAGGAGGAGGAGGAGGAGGAGGCCGAGUUCGAGGAGGCUGAUGAGCUGGGUCACAGGGAGAUCUAUGCUGACUAUGUGCCCUCCAAGUGCAAGAUCGGGAAGCACCACCCAGACCGAGUCGUGGAGACCAGCACCCUGUCAAGUGUGCCACCACCUGAUGUCACUUAUGUGCUGGCUCUGCCUGCCUCUGUCGUGGACAGUGGGGUGCUGUCUGCCCUGCAGCUCGAGGCCAUCACCUAUGCCUGCCAGCAGCACGAGGUCUUGCUCCCCAAUGGGCAGCGAGCUGGCUUCCUCAUUGGCGACGGGCCUGGCGUGGGCAAGGGCCGCACAGUGGCCGGCAUCAUCUUGGAGAACUACCUGAAGGGCAGGUACAAGUCCCUGUGGUUCAGCGUCUCCAAUGAUCUAAAGUACGACGUGCAGCGAGACCUGUGCGACGUGCAGGCACCCGGCAUCGCUGUGCACACUCUCAGCAAGAUCAAAUAUGGUGACGCCACUCCCUCCGCGGGCGUCAUCUUCGCCACCUACUUGUCGCUAAUUGGGGAGAGCCUGGUCGGCCGGCAGCACCGCACGCGCCUCCAGCAGCUCCUCCAGUGGUGCGAGGCCACCUUUGAUGGGGUCAUCGUAUUUGACGAGUGCCACAAAGUUAAAAACGCCAGCUCCACCAAAAUGGGCAAGGCCGUCCUGGACCUGCAGCACAAGCUGCCACUGGCCCGGGUCGUCUAUGCCAGUGCCACCGGGGCCUCGGAACCCCGGAACAUGAUCUACAUGAGCCGCCUGGGCAUCUGGGGGAAGGACAGGCCUUUUAACACCUUUGAGGAGUUUCUCCACGCCAUCGAGAGGCGGGGUGUGGGCGCCAUGGAGAUCGUGGCCAUGGAUAUGAAGGGCACCGGCACGUACAUCGCACGCCAGCUCAGCUUCUCCGGGGUCACCUUCCACAUCGAGGAGAUCGCGCUGGCCCCAGCCUUCGAGCGCGUCUACAACCGUGCGGCCCUGUUGUGGGCCGAAGCCUUGGCCUCAUUCCAGCAGGCGGCCAAUUGGGUCUGCCUGGAGUCGUGCAAGUCCCUGUGGAGUCAGUUCUGGUCGGCUCAUCAGCGCUUCUUCAGGUACCUGUGCAUCGCUGCCAAGGUGCACCGUCUGGUCCAGCUGGCGCGCCAGGAGCUGGCCCAGAACAAUUGCGUGGUGAUUGGGCUGCAGUCCACGGGCGAGGCGCGGACCCUCGAGGUGCUAGACGAGAAUGAUGGGCACCUGGAUGGCUUCGUCUCUGCGGCUGAAGGUGUCUUCCUGGCGCUCAUCCAGAAUCACUUCCCGUCCCCUAAGGAGAGCAACGAGCGAGUUGACAGAGGCAAGCGCAAGCGGUGGUCACAGGGCAGUGGACCCAAGUCAUCCCGGCUGCUGGGCCAGGUGGUGGGCGUGAUGGGCACUUGUGACGGCAGCGGCAGCACAGUGGCAGGCGCUGGCCCAGAUAGCAAUUUCCUCGCCAACCCCGACUCCCAGGCCCAUGAGGUCAGGGUGGAGGCACAAGGUCUCUCUGUUGACUACAGAAGCCCCCGCUGCCCCCCACAGGGAGACUCGCAGGACCGGGGCUUGCUGGAGCCCCUGCAACGCCUGAAGCAGGACCUGCUGGACAAGGUGAGAGACCUGGGUCGGGAGCUGCCGGGCAACACCCUGGAUGAGCUCAUUGACCAGCUUGGAGGCCCCAAAGCUGUGGCGGAGAUGACUGGCAGGAAAGGACGGGUGGUGUCCAGGCCCAAUGGGACAGUAGUCUUUGAGUCUCGGGCAGAGCAGGGCUUGUCCAUUGAGAACGUCAACCUAGUGGAAAGGGAGCGCUUCAUGAACGGCGAGAAGCUCGUGGCCAUCAUCUCCGAGGCGUCCAGCUCGGGUGUGUCCCUCCAAGCAGACCGCCGGGUGCUAAACCAGAGGCGGCGUGUCCACCUGACACUGGAGCUGCCCUGGAGUGCAGACCGAGCUGUCCAGCAAUUUGGCCGCACUCACCGCUCCAACCAGGUCUCGGCGCCCAAAUACGUGUUCCUCAUAUCGCAGCUGGCAGGUGAGCGGCGAUUCGCCUCUAUCAUAGCCAAGCGCCUGGAGAGCCUGGGAGCGCUGACCCAUGGAGACCGCCGCGCCACCGAGUCCGGGGACCUGAGUAAGUACAACUUCGAGAACAAGUACGGAACACGGGCCCUGCACUGCGUGCUCAGCACCAUCCUGAACCAGACAGAAAACAAGGUGCCGGUGCCCGUAGGCUACCCUGGAGGGGAUGCGGCCUUUUUCCAGGAAAUGAAACAGAGCCUGCAGUCGGUGGGCAUAGGUGGCCGAGAAUCCAGGUUGGGCUCCCUUGAUGUGGUGAAGGACUGCUCCAUCCCCAAGUUCCUCAACCGCAUCCUGGGCCUGGAGGUACACAAGCAGAACGUGAUCUUCCAAUAUUUCUCAGACAUCUUCGACCACCUCAUUUCGGAGGACAAGAAGGAGGGCAAAUACGACAUGGGCAUCCUGGACCUGGCCCCGAAAGUGGACGAGAUCUACGAGGAGAGCCAGCAGGUAUUUCUGACCCCUGGCCAACCCCAGGAUGGCCAGGUGAUCUUCUACAAGAUCACGGUGGACCGUGGCCUGAGUUGGGAGAAAGCCUUCGCCAAGUCCCUGGAAAUGACGGGCUCCCAGGAUGGCUUCUACCUCUCCCACAAGGUCCGCGGCAACAAAAUCAAUUGCCUGCUGGCUGAGCAGGACCGCAGCAAUCACUUCACCGUGUACAAGCCUAACAUCGGCCGGCAGAUCCAAGCGGAGACCCUGGACGGCCUCUUUCGUAAGUUCUACCCAGUCACGGCCACGGAGGUUCGGGAUUUCUGGGAGAGAAACUAUGCUUUCGCACUGACACACUGCAGCCACACAGCCCGGAACCGGCCCUGCCGACUAGUCCAGGAAGGCAAGGACUGUGUGCAGGGCCUGCGCCUGCGCCACCACCACUUGCUGUGCGGGGCCCUGCUGCACGUGUGGACCCGCAUUACCGCCAUCCUGUUCAAGGUCACCAACAGCACCUACCUGCAGAUCGUGCGCCUCAAGACCAAGAAUGAGAAGAGGCAAGUUGGCAUCAAGGUCCCCGAGAGCUGUGUGAGCUAUGUGCUGCAGGAGCUGCAGCAGAUGGAUGCCGAAGUCAAGCGCAAACGCCAGUGUGAGAGCAGCCCGGGCCUCCCUGCUUCACAGCCACACACCCCACCGAGCCCUCGGCCGAUGCCCUGCUGGCCGGGCAAGGUGCUGGACCUUACCUAUAGCCCGCCACCCGUGCCCUUCCCUCCGCUGCCCGCUGAGCUACCCCGUGCCCCUAGCCUGCUACUGGGUACCCCUGACCCCUCAGCACCUCCCCCAGACCCCGUUGACAUGCAGCAGAGCAGCUGUGAAAUCAACUUCAAAGAGGUGCUGGAGAACAUGCAGCGUUCCCUGCAGACCGUGCCAGCUGCUGAGCCCCUGGCCCAGCAGCCGCUGCAGGGGUCAGCUGGGGUCCAGAGCUCUGGCGUGUCCUCCAAUUCGGAGCACCCUUCCCUGACUCCUAGGCGAGCCCACAGCCCUGACCUGGGUCACUUUCAAAGGCCUAUUUAUGUGCCAAGUGUCCCCCCAUGGGGCCGGGGUGCAGAGCAGUGGUCCCCUUGGAUGGGAGGCAGGGAGCUGCUGCCCAUCCACCUACCCCACAGGAUCCCACUUCAGGGCCGUCCCAGGCUGACCCUCCAAGGGCCAGCUCCUGUGGACAUGCCCCUUGCCCCCGUGGCCCUGUUUAGGGGGCUGUCAGGGACUCCAGAGGCCACCCAACUCAGGAUUGGGGGUGAGUAUGCAAGGGGUCAGGAAGGCCCUGGGGGUUGGGGCCCAGGACCUUCUGUGCCUCUUUCCUCUCCUGACCCCUCCAACCCUGAUGGCAGGCACCCUGAACAGGGGCCUCCCUGA